AUGUCGCAGGCGCCCAAGGACCCGGUGACGGCGCGCAUUCUCUUGCCUUCGGCUGACCUCAGGAACUUCAACAUCUCCGGUUCAGACCUGUACGAUCUGUUCGGCAAGUACGGUCCCAUCCGGCAGGUGCGAUUGGGAACGAGUACCGAGCUCAAGACGAAAGGAACCGCGUAUGUUGUGUUUGAGUCGCCUGAUGAUGCGAAGGAGGCCAUCAAUGCUCUGAACGGUUUCCACCUGAUGGAACGGUAUAUCGUAGUUCUCUACCACCAGCCAGUCAAGCAGCAAGCGAGCCAGCUUGCCAAGGCGGAGAUUCGCGCAAGGGAGCAGGAACUCGAGAUGGAGAAGAGGAGACUCGGCAUGACGGAUUAG